GUCGUAAACUGAAGGCCUUAUUUUUGGCAGCAUUGAAUUGCUGGUGAAAUUUUUUUCUGUAAACAAGGUAUAAACCAUUCUCUGUUUGCGACUUAAAAGGUAAUUCCAAUGUCAUUUGGGUGGUCUUUGAAUGAUGUGGUCACACAGGGAAGCAAGCGUUCCAAGAUGUCUCACCAUGUUCCCACCAUAACCAGCUGGGACAUCAAUGACUCCUUGGCAGCAGAUUUUGAUGGAUCCCUAUCGGGUCUUGGUUCUGAGCUGGGUACAACAAGCUACAAUAUGAGUGAAGCAUUGCUGGCAUUGCCUGUAUUCAAAUCCGAGAAUUUGGACAAUGGAUUUCAGUACAUCCUUGGGGCAGCUACCUCUCCCGCAGUGAAGCUCAAUGAGGAGACCUUGACCUACCUAAAUCAAGGACAAUCAUACGAAAUCAAACUGAAAAAGUUGGGAGAUUUAUCGGAUUUUCAAGACAAAUUUCUCAGAAGCAUUGUAAAGAUAUGUUUUCAUGAGCGCCGUCUUCAGUACAUGGAAAAGGAACAGAUUGAUAGUUGGCGGAACACCCGACCAGGAGAAAGAAUCCUAGAUAUCGAUGUUCCAUUGUCCUAUGGAUUAGUUGAUGUAAACAUCAACAGAGACCACCUGAAUGGAGCAGAAUUUAUCUGGGACCCCACAAAGGAGUCGGGGGUUUACAUCAGGGUCAAUUGUAUCAGCACAGAGUUUACAGCAAAGAAGCAUGGCGGAGAGAAAGGUGUGCCUUUCCGCUUACAGGUGGAGACUUAUUCCUACGGUGAAACAGAAAGCAAGCUCAUCCACUGUGGAUCCUGUCAGAUCAAAGUUUUCAAGCCCAAAGGAGCCGACAGAAAGCACAAAACCGACAGGGAAAAGAUGGAAAAACGAACAGAGGCUGAAAAGGAGAAAUAUCAGCCAUCAUACGAGUGUACAGUUUUAACAGAGGUUUCCUUGGAUCAAGUCACAAACAUUACCACUACCACUGUUAAGUCUCCAAACAAUUCUUUUGCCAUUCUUGCACAGAGCUUCAGUGAUUUGCAUGCUGGAUCACCAGUUCAGACUUCAAACAAGAAAUUCCAAGAAGAUGAUGAUGACUCCUCAUUGAGUAAUGGUGGAAUUGGGUCUAGUAAGAAACUGAAACCUUCUUCAUCAAAUGACGAUUUGAAUACUGCAGUCAAUUUUAAAGGCAAACCCUUAACAUGCGAUGCUUCAGCUGCUGAAGUUACAGCCUGGUUACAGGCCAAUCGAUUCUGCAGCUACAAACAGAUCUUCCAGAACUUUUCAGGUGGAGAUCUGUUACGUCUCACACGAGAUGAUCUCAUUCAGAUAUGUGGAUUGGCUGAUGGAAUCCGUCUGAACAACGCUCUACAGGCUAAAGCAAUUCGACCAAGAUUGAUUAUAUAUGUGUGUCAAGAAAGUGACUCAGUGUACCAUGCCCUCUACCUCGAGCAUUUGACUAGCCGGGAACUUCUGGAGAAGUUGGCCAAGCUUUACAAUGUCGGUGCUAGUCAGAUUGGGGAGUUGUAUUGCCAGGGCCCCUCGGGAAUUUAUGUCCUCCUUAACGACGAAGUCUUACAAAACAUGUCCGAACAGUCCAGAUUCUGUGUGGAAGCCAUGAAAUCAGACACUUCUGACCAAUACAAGGUGUUACUGAAGUCGAUAUCUUGACCGUAACAACAUCCAACUGAUCUCCCAGCAUGCCUUGUACUGUGUAGGAGGAGUGUUGUCAGAACAGUAAGAAAUCUUGUGACAAUAAUUGCCGGGUUUCGGUGUUUUACAGCAGCAACUUGACCAACAUCCAUUGCACUGACACAGGAGUUUACUAAAGCGUGCAUGGUUUUCUAAAUCAUUCAGUCAAGUUCCUAUUAUGUUGUUACAGACGAACACAGCCAUUAUCUCGGUGUGCAUGGAACUGUAUCUAUGUAUGAAAUUCAUGGGGUUUGCACUCCUAGCUUGUCUCACUGCCAUGGUUACAAGCAUUUCCAUCUUCAAAGACCAACAAAUUCAUUUUUCAGUGUGUACAUCUUAUUUUUUAAAAGAAAAAAAAUUGCCAGUGUGUUUGUUAAAGGAAAUUAUUUCUGACUUGUAUUUGAGGAGUUUAUAAUACAAUGCUGUGACAUGAAAAAUGAUGAUAUGUGAUGAGAAACCAGUUUUGUUGCUUGAAUGAUUAUGUUGGCCAAGUGGCUUCAUUUGUUAUUGGUUUUGUGUUUGACUGACAUCUUUCCAAACUGUCUAUUACUUUGAAGGUAAUCCAUUUAAAUUUUUGAAAAAGUGAACGUAUGCUUUAUUAAAUAGAGAAUCUCCUGCAAUAUUUUGGUAGAUAUUAGGAGCUAUGUAUGGAUGUAAUUUUUAUGAUCAGGAAAAAACUAUAGGCAGGGUGACAUUAAACUAUCUUAUAAUUUAAAAGUUGUUAUAUAGGGAUAGAAACCAUUAUUUUGUUUUGUGUAUACCAUUGUGUAUGUGUGGUUAAAACAAAUAAAAUCUUCUGUGUAAUACACACAUCAUACUGGUAUACGUAUUGAGGUUCUCCUGUUCAUUUAAAUACUUGCACAACAGACCAAUAAGAUGUCCAGUGUUUUAGUUUGUAGAGAUAUUGUUAUACAUGUAUGUACUAGGAAUUAUUUUACUCAGAAAAGGGUCAAGGAAUAUUGUGUGUUGUUUGGCGUGAUGAAAUAAAAAUUUUAUUAUGUUUUUGUUUAACGCCAUUGUUCGAGUCUCUAUGACAAAGAAAUGUUUUGAAAAUAAGAUCUACCAUAAAUCUUAGAACCUUGUGUUUCACAAAAUUUUGUUAUAUUAUCUCACGCAAAAAAAUCUUUGUGACUUUUUUCUUUAUGUGGGGUUUUGAAGUGUAGAUGUGCAGCAUAGAGGCUCAUGAAGAUACCUUGCUUAUUAAGCAGAGCACAGUACAACCCGAUUACAGUGAAGCAUCAGGAAUGUCCUAUUUUGUUUUGUGAUCGGCUUAAUUCAUUAUAUGUGAUGAAUUAUUUGUUAUUUUUUCUAUGUGUUUUAUGAGAAUUACUUCGUUAUAAGCCAUAAUUCAUCAUAAGCAAGUUGCUAUAAUCAUGCCUGACUGUAUUAUGUUUAUCUCUGUUACGUACAUCAGAAUUUUCACUUGUUUCAUUGAAUUUUAUGUACAGUGUAUGAAAUAUCAAGUUUAGGAAUUUUUGUUUUCGGAACAUUUGGUACAAUUUUCCCCCCAAUUGAAGUAUGUGUCUGUUUGUAUUUGUGAAUACAAACAUUGAUUUUGUUGCAGAUUGAAUUAUGAGUAACUUUUAUUUUUUAUGUAUUUUUACAAGUUUAAGUAUAUUACAUUUAUUAAGAAAAGAGGAAGGAACAUUUAAAUAGAAUUAGAGUUGUUGUGGGGUAAAUGUUGAAAA